AUGUGCAAAGAAACCAUAGACCGUGAGGUUUUUGAUAAUCACAAAGGAGAAAUUUGCCCCAAGAGGAUUGUAACGUGCGAGUUCCUGAAGUAUGUGGCAACCGCACGGAACUCUGUUAUCAAUGCAACAGCUAUGUUAGAUUGCAAGAAACAUAUAGCCAUCAAACCAAAUGCUCUGGUUCUGUGCUCAACAAUGUUGAAUCAUCCAG